GUAGGCAAUUGCUUUAUUUGUCAAACUCGAGACAUUACAAAAGUAAUUUUGCCCGACGACGAUUUAUAAAAAUUGCAAAAUUUUAAAACCAUGGAGAAGAACGCAAAGGACAUAAUCCCGGAAAAUUUCGAUUUCGAGGAGGAGAUCUCUCGCCUGAUGAUCGAACACAACCAGAUUGCUAUAGUUGAUCGGGAUGAACCCAUUUCGGAGGAAAGCGAUUUGGAUGACGACUCCGAUAGCCGCUUAUUUUCUACUUAUGAAGAGGACAGCUUGUUAACAUAAUGGGGCAUUUCUCACAUUUGCACGUUGUUGCUUAUCAAUAACUCCCAAUAAAGUGCUGU